AUGUCUCUUCUACCAGUUGCCACCUAUGGCCUUCAGGUCCCACCUGGAGAUAAUAUUAUACCGGCAAUUGCUGACUUCCCUGCUACCUUCCGCAUCACAAUGGCUGCCAUUGAUCCCAGCGCACCCGCAGAUGCUGAUGCAAGUGUCGAAGGCGUUGCUCCCCGUGCCACCCUGAAGCUCAUCCGCCAACCUGAUGGAUCCGAGGACGAUGAGGACUCUGAGGAGUAUAUGCGUGCUCUGCUUGCUGAGAGUGAUUCCGAAGAGAGCGAGUCUGAGGAAGAGGAAGAGAAUGGAGGCCCAAGCGAUCCAGCAAAGUCAAAGAAGGCUAGAAAGGCUGCCGCACUUCAACAACUCAUGGACUCCCUCGGCGGUGCUUCUGAUGAGGAAAUGGAGGAUGCCCCCAAUGGUGCGGACGGAAAAGUCAGCAAGAAGGGAAAGAACAAGGCCACCAGCGACGAUGAGGAGGAAAGCGACGAUGACAGUGACGAUGAUUCUGAGGAUAUCGAGGUUGAGGAGUUUGUUCUCUGCACGCUUGACACAACCAAGAACUUCCAACAACCUCUCGACAUCACCAUUGGUGAGCAUGAGCGGGUCUUCUUCAAAGUUUCUGGCACCCACACCGUCUACCUCACGGGAAACUAUGUUAUUCCCCAAGAAGAUGGGCACAACCACCACCACGAAGUCUACGAUUCUGAUGAGGAGGAGGAUGAUGAGGACUAUGACUUGUCCCCUGAUGAAGAUGAGCUUGAUCUUGAGAUGGAUGAUGACGAGAGCGAUGAUCUUGAUACCCUUGAGAACCCCCGAGUCACUGAGGUCAAUUCUGACGAUGAGGAGGCUCCCAAGCUUGUCAGUGCUGAGAAGAAGGGCAAGAAUAAGCGCUCCGCUGAUGCGAUCGAGGAGGGUGCUUCGCUCGACGAUAUCAUGGCCAAGAGCCUGAAACCUGAUUCUGCUGAUGAGCAGAAGUUGAGCAAGAAGCAGCUUAAGAAGCUGAAGAAGAACAAUGGCGAGCCUGCUGCCGUCAAGGCUGACGAGUCAAAGAAGGUCGAUAUCAAGGAAAGUCCUGCUGCUAAAUCCGACAAGUCUGACAAGAAGGUUCAAUUCGCAAAGAACCUUGAGCAGGGCCCAACUGGGUCUGCUGAGAAGGCAAAGGCUGCGCCGGAUGCCAAGGGCAAGGCUACCUUGGGCGUCAAGAUGGUGCAAGGUGUUAAGUGUGAUGACAAGAAGCUCGGUACUGGCCCAGCAGCCAAGAAGGGAAAUAAGGUCGGCAUGCGUUACAUCGGCAAGUUCGAGGAUGGAAAGGUCUUUGACUCGAACAAGAAGGGCAAGCCUUUCUCCUUUAAGCUCGGAUCUGGCGAGGUGAUCAAGGGAUGGGACAUUGGUGUUGCUGGUAUGUCAGUGGGUGGCGAGCGUAGACUCACCAUUCCCGCAAGCCUCGCCUAUGGCAGCAAAGGCGUCCCUGGUAUCCCUGGAAACAGCACCCUCGUCUUCGACGUCAAGUUGUUGGAGAUCAAGUAA